CUCAUUUUUAUACGAAUGAAUUAUUUAUGUUUUAAUAUGAAGUUGCUGUCAUUCAAUUAAAUUUGAUCAAAUUGGAAUAGAAUACUUCAAAAUCAUCGUCAUCAGCUCAAUCAUUCAAGAAAAUGUCAGCCCUUCACCCAGUUUGUGUUUGGAAACGACAAGAUCCAUUGCGAAUUAGGAAUUGCAUUAUUGCACAGAAAUCUUCACAAUUCUGCAAUAUCUUAAGUCAACUCAAACGCUUAGGCAAUCUUGAUUAUCAAUAUGGCAGUCGAAGAAAUGUUUGUCAGUGGUGCAACAAGCAUAUUGAAACACUUGGGUUCUCUUGUCACUGAACAGGUUGGUGUAGCUUGGGGAGUUGCUGACGAUCUCAAGAAGCUUAAAAGCACUCUAGAGAUGAUUGAGGCUGUUACAAGUGAUGCUGAGACAAAACAAGUAAAGGAUGCUGCUGUGAGACUUUGGUUAAGAAGGCUCAAGGAUGUUGUUUAUGAUGCUAAUAACAUUUUAGAUGAGUUAUCCUAUGAAGCCAUCCGUCGGUAUGAAAAGAACUGUAAGAAAGAUAAGGUACGGAAAUUUCUUUCAUCCUCUAACCCACUUGCAUUUCGUGUCAAGAUGUCUAAUAAAAUUAAAGAUAUCAACAAAAACUUGGAUGGAAUUUCUAGUCACAUGGCUAAGUUUCACUUGGAAGGGAUUAGUAGCACUAGUGAUGAUGAGCAUGAUCAGUAUAUUGAGCAACAAAACCGGUUAACUGCAUCCCAUGUAGAUGAACUUAGAAUAUUUGGAAGAGAGAAUGAUAAAUUAGAGAUUGUUAAGAUGUUAAUGACAGUCCACACAUCAUUGUCUUCAUCUGUAUACUCUAGCCAACAUGAAAAGGUUUCCGUCGUAUCCAUAGUGGGUAUGGGGGGACUAGGGAAGACCACACUAGCUCAGCUGGUCUACCAGGAUGUCUCAAUAGUGAGAAAUUUUGAACCAAGAAUGUGGGUUUGUGUAGCUGAUGUCUUUGAUAUAAAAAAGAUCUUAAUGAAUAUAAUCGAGUCCAUUACUGAAAGAAAGUGCGAGGAUGUGUCAAAUGUUGUGGUCUUGGUUAGUAAAGUUCAGGAAAUGCUGAGAAGCAAAAAAUAUUUACUAGUACUCGAUGAUUUGUGGAAUGAGAAUGCGGAGGACUGGGAGAAACUUAGGGGUAUGCUCCAUGUUGGUGCUUAUGGAAGCAAAAUCUUGGUUACUACACGUAGUGACAAAGUUGCUUCUAUAGUUAGGGGUAUAGUUCCACCAUACGACUUAAAAACCUUACAUGAAGAAGAAUGUUGGUCUAUCAUCAAGAACAGAACCUUUUCUCCUGGUGGAGCAUUUGAGACUGCAAGCAUGACAUCUAUAGGACAACAGAUAUCAAGAAAAUGUGCCGGGUUACCACUUGCAGCCAAAUUUCUCGGUAGUCUUAUGUUCUUAAACAGAGACGAGAGGGAUUGGUUGCGUAUCCGAGAUAAUGAUGUCUUUAAUGAAACAGAAGGUCACAGCAAAAUCAUGUCAGUAUUGAAAUUGAGUUAUGAUAACUUGUCCUCCCAGUUGAAACAGUGUUUCUCAUAUUGCGCUUUGUUUCCCAAAAAUUGGGUGAUUGAUAGAGAAACUCUGAUUCAAUUGUGGAUGGCUGAAGGGUUCCUUCAGCCAUCUUCUAGAGUCAGUAGAAGAUCCAUUGAGGAUGUUGGAAACGAUUAUUUUCAAUGUUUGUUAUCAAGUUCAUUCUUUCACAAUGUAGUAAGGGAUCAACUAGGCGACAUCCUUACGUGCAAGAUGCAUGACUUAGUACAUGAUCUUGCACAAAGUGUUGUCGGUGUUCACGAAACUACUACUCUCUGUGCUAGCAGAUUGGAAAAUAUUUCUGAAAUUCGUCGUUUGCGGUUGGUUUUAGACGAAGAAGCAUCAAAAAUAUUUUCCAAAGUCUUGAGUAAGGCAAGAAAACUUCAGACAAUCUUUUCCAUGGAAAACGAGAAUUCGGGAACUGGAGUUACAAGUUUAUUUAGUAGUAAUUGUUGUCUGCGGGUAGUUUGUUUGCUUGGUGCGGAGGAAACUCCAAGUAUUAUGUCUUCGACAUUAACGUUUAAGCAUCUGAGGUACCUUAAUUUGUCAUUUUGUAUGAUUGAAGUUACCAGCAAUCAACUUUACCAUUUGCAGACACUGGUACUUUCUCGAUGCCAAAACGUUCACAAGAUUCUUAAAGACAUCGGAUCUUUGAGAAACUUAAGGCAUCUUAGUCUAUGGUUCUCUGACGCUCAAGUACUUCCUGAUUCUAUUGUAAGGCUCACAAACCUACAGAAGUUGGAUCUCAGUAAUUGCUGCAGUUUGGAAGCCUUACCUCUAAAUAUUGGGUCUUUGAAACAUUUAAGGUCCCUCGAUGUUAGAGGCACAUCAAUUACGGCAUUACCUGAUUCACUCACUUGCAUUGAAAAUUUAAGGUGGUUGAAUUUUGAGGAUUGCUGGUCUUUAAAAUCAUUACCUCAAGACUUUGGAGCAUUGACACGUUUAAGGUGCCUUAAGGUGAGAGGCACUAGUAUUAAAGUACUGCCUGAAUCUUGCAUUAAUAGUCUCUGCAAUUUGGAGAUAGUAGAGCUAGGAAGUGAGUGUGAGCUUCCAAUGGAGAUAAAGAAUUGGCCGAAACUGAGACAACUCUUUUUACCCAGCCCUGGGUAUAGUGAUGAUGCUGAUAGAAUGAUAAUGCCUAGAGGUAUAGAAAGACUAACUUGCCUUGAAGAGUUACGGUCUUACUUUGUAAGGAAAGAAGAGGUUUGUAGUGGGAUUGAAGAUUUAGUAUGUCUAAACUCCCUCAAGGUUUUAGAGAUAAGAAAUCUCGAGAAUGUCAGAGGAAAAAUAGACGCACAGAAAGGGAAGUUAAAGGACAAGCAAAACAUUCAGGGUUUGUUUCUAUAUUGGAGUUCAUGUGGUGACGGUACAAGCAUGCUCAAUGAUGAAAUGGUGUUGAAGGGACUGCAACCUCACUCUAAUUUGAAAGAAUUAAGAAUAGAUGGAUUUGGGGGUUUAACGCUUCCAAAGUGGAUUUGUUCGCCUUAUUGCCUUCCUCAUUUGGUGGAACUGUACAUCGUGAAUUGCUUUUGUGAGCGGCUUCCUGCGCUCGGACUACUUCCAUGUCUUAGGGUUCUUGAGUUGUACCAGUUUUAUUCGUUGAAGAGCUUGGGUGACGAAUUCUAUUACCAGGGAAGCAGCCAAAGAGAUGAAGAAAGUGGUAGCAGUACUGAAAAUUUUACUGUAACAACCGCCACGACAUUGUUCCCUUCCUUGACUUACUUUGGAAUUCUCAAUAUGUGCGCUUUAGAAGAAUGGGUUGAUUCUCCUCCGACUUGUAUUUCCUUCCCCUCCCUUAAGAGGCUGUGUAUCGAUGGCUGCGAAAGAUUGAGAACCACGCCAAGCUCAUUUUCUUCUCUUGAAGCAUUGGAAUUGAAGAGUACCAACAGUAGAAUACUCAGCUCCAUUCUAAACAGCAGAGGAGGCGGCUUGGCCUCACUCACAUCCAUUGAUAUAUAUUUUUCUCCGGAGCUUAUAUGUUUCCCACUUGGGGUACUUCAAAACAGUACCCAUCUUCAUUCUCUCAGAAUCUAUGGUUGCAUAAAUUUCCAAGGAUUUCGUCCUCAAGAUGGCAGUGAAGUAGUAUUGUUAUCCGCGUCUCCUGAAGUCAAUGGCACCGCCUUCAGUAGCUCUCUCCACUUAUUGCAAUUAGAAGAUUGCUCUGUUCUAACUUAUCUACCUGAUUUGCGACUAUGCACUUCUCUGCGGGAAUUAUACAUCAAAGGUUGCAACAAACUGAAGAAUGCCAUACCCUAUGACCUCAGUUCCCUCACCUUUGUCAAAGACCUGCAAGUUCAUUUUGUUGAGGAAUAUGAUGGCUGCAAAGAACUCGAAUCACGCAGCCGCAUGAUAAUGGAGAUGACGGGGAUGAGAUAGAUCAGUAACUACUGUCAGAAUAUGUAAUAUUUGGUCUUAUGGUGAUACCAUGAAUCUUAUUAUUGUAAAUCUUCCGGAGGUGGUAAAGUGUUGCAGGUGAUAUAACUCCCAUGCCAUGGUAUUUCAGUCUCUCUCUGUAUCAGCAUACUCAACUUGGCAGCUUUAUUCCAUAUGAACUGGUCAGUAUGAAGUAGAAAAAAGCGCUAAGAAGUUGUGAAGUCUUAAAGCAUUACGCAGCAUUUUGUACCCCUCUUGUGGAUGAAUCUGAGAAUUUGUUUUUGCAAAUUUCUGGUGUUUGUUUUCUUCUGCAAAUGAUAAGUGGUGUGGUUGGCUUUCCGUCAGAAUAUGAUGCUCACAAGUCUAGUGUCUUCUUUAGUUGCUAUUGCUUUUGCUUUCUGCAGACUUUUGUGUACUGUUGUUAUUAUUGAUGAAGCAAAAUAAGUGCCCACUGUUGCUGUACUGCUGAAUAUUAACUUUUUUUGUUGUUGUUGUAAUGCACAUUGAUUGACAUG